AUGAACGGCUCCGUUUCUCACGAUACGAUGGGCAACCCUGGACAUCAUCCAGCUGGGGAUACCACCGGGCAGGCAACCUAUGGCUACUCACAACCCCAUAUAAUCGACAUGUUUUUCCCGGGAUUUUCACUCUUCUCAACUGCUCUAAAGAACUACACUACCAUCGACCUCAACAUCUAUAUCCCCAUGCUCAUGAUCCUGGGUAUGCUAAUAUUCUGUUGGCAAUACAUCGAACUAUGGUUCUGGGUUGAGCUUGACGCUCAUUUUAUGUCAACUGCCGAUGUUCGCAUCGACGAUGAAAUGUAUAACAUGGUAAUGGCAUGGGUAGCUGAACAACCUUUUGCUCAACGAUCUCGUCAUUUUGUCGCCAAUACCAAUCUAAACAGUCGGAUGUGGUUCAUGUGGAACUUUAACGAGGACGAUGAAGAGAAAGAGGAGGAUGAUGAUGACUUUGAGAUCGACGAGGAUGGAAAUCCCGUUCCCAAGAAAGCAUCCGAAAAGGAGAAGAAAGUCCGAUUCACACCAAGCUUCGGAACUCAUUACUUUUGGUACAAGAGGAGAUUGUUGCAAUUCAGACGUUCGCAGACUGCAUCAUUAACUAAUUCAGCUACAAGUGAAAAGGAGGAAAUCUCAAUUUCUUCCUUUGGAAGAAACCCUCGCAUCCUCAAGGAGUUACUUGAUGAGUGCCGCCAGGCCUUUAUCAAAAACGAUGAAAACAAAACAAUUAUCUACAGAGGCGGUACUAAGGGCGGUUCCUUCGGUGAGCCGGGCUGGACUCGUCUUCUUUCCCGCACCUCUCGCCCCUUCUCUACGGUCGUCCUCGAUGAAACGGUAAAGCAGAAUAUCAUUGCCGAUAUGAAAGACUACCUGCAUCCAUACACGAAGCGAUGGUAUUCUAAUCGUGGUAUUCCGUAUCGUCGUGGGUAUUUACUCCAUGGGCCACCCGGCACAGGGAAGAGUUCUCUUAGCUUCGCAAUUGCUGGAUAUUUUAAGCUUAAGAUUUAUAUCGUUUCUUUGAAUUCCGGUUCGAUGAACGAAGAAACCCUCAGUACACUCUUCGCUGAGCUUCCCAAGCAGUGUGUUGUACUCCUUGAAGAUAUCGACACCGCCGGUCUUACCCACACCCGUGACGAUGACGAAGAUGAGGACGGCUUUGACUUUGAUGAAGAGGCUGGCCCUAGAUCUCCAUUGACUAAAGCAACUAAGGCUAUGGAGGCCAUGACAAAGAAAAACGGCGGGAAGGAUCAAUCGGGUAAGAUCUCUUUGAGUGCAUUGCUCAAUGUGAUUGAUGGAGUUGCAUCGCAAGAAGGAAGAAUUCUGAUUAUGACGACAAAUCACAUCGAAAAGUUAGACGAGGCGCUUAUCAGACCUGGCCGAGUUGAUAUGACUGUCCACUUUGAUUUGGCUACUAAGGAAAACAUGGAACAAAUUUUUAAAAGUAUCUACGCAACUCUUGAAGGAGACUAUCCUGAGCCCAAGAGCUCUGAAAGUGGAUCUUCUGACGGCGGAAGUGUCAAAUCAGGAUCCUCUAGAGGGAGAAGUCCGGCUAGUGUUGUACCAGUCAACAAGCGGGGUAUGCACAAGAAGAAGCCUAGAACUCCUUCGAAAGAGAGAAGAAUACAGGCAGAAUUAGAUCGAAUCAUUGCGGCGGAAGAGGAGCAAAGAAGGAUCAAGGAUGAAGAGAGAAUAGCAAAAUUAGCAAAGCUCUUUAGUGAAAAGGUCCCUGAAGCAAAGUUCAGUCCAGCAGAAAUUCAAGGUUACUUGUUGAAGCAUAAGAGAAAUGCGGAAAGUGCCGUCGAGGGAGCAGAACAAUGGGUUAAGGAGAGAGAGGAAGAGAAGGAGAGAGCGAAGUUGAAGGAGAGUGAGGAAAGAGAGAAGAGAGAGAAGGAGAAAGCAAAGUUGGAAAAGGAAAUUGAGAAUUUGAAGAAACAAAAGGAGGCUGAAGAAGGUGAUGGUGGUGAGGAAGAUGAGGAUGAGGAAGAGGGGGAUUCAGAAGAGGUAGUGAAAGAAGUUGAAGUCAUCAAGGAGCAGACCGAGAUGGUUAAGAAAGAGGUUGAGGCUCUUAAAGAUGAAGUCUUCGAUGGAAUGGAGAAGAAUAUCCAGAAGAUGGAGAAGGCUGGAAUUAAGUUGAAGGAUAUCGAAAUAGCAAGUGGGAAGAAAGCUACACAUAAGUCCGAUGUGGAGAUGAUUGAGUAUGCAGAAACUGGAUCUCAGACUGGUCUAGAUGAGGUGCUUGUCUAG